AUGACAAACAAAUUUAAAAAAUCAAAAUCUCGAAAAAUAAUGUUAUUAAUUGUUUCAUUUAUAUUUUUAAUGAUAAUUGGUUUAUCUUGUUUCUAUUUUGGUGGAAAAUUAACGUAUCUUAACUCUAAUAUGAAAAUUUUGAAAUCAUAUAAUUCAACUUUUUCAUUCAUUUUAAAAAAUGAAAAAUUUAAAGAUAGUGAUAUUUCAGAGAAAUUUAGUGAAAUUAAACAAACAAUUUUAAAUUUAGAAAGUAAAGUUAAAAAAAUUAAGAAUGAUGAUUCAAUUGAUAAAAAAGAAUAUUAUAGUUUAAGUAAAAAAAUAAACAAUCAAAAAGAAGCUUUGAAAUGGGCGUUUCUUGAUUUUUGUUCAAUACAAGAUAAUGUAGAAUUAAUUGAUAAAGUUUUAAAUGAAUUAGAAGAAUUAACUAAAUUAAUAUCUUCCCUUAUAGACACUUUUGAAGGUGUAAAAAGUGAUUCUAAUUAA